AUGGCAGUGGGGACGAUGAGGCUGAUGUUAAUGGUGGCGUUUCUGGUGAUGACACAAGGAGGGGCUGAGGGAAGAACAGGAGCUUGUAUCCCUCUGAAGCACCCACUGCUGAGAACUGCAGGAGGACGAUUGAUACUCCGGGGUGGUGGGGAAGAUGAGGAGGCGGAAGAGGGAGAGGAGAUGGGAGAGGGCGAGGGCGAGGGCGAGGGCGAGGGCGAGGGCGAGGAUGUGAGUGAUGGUAUCAUGACUCUAGAGAAGGCAAUCAAGGAGGUUUUGCAUUACGCUGACAUUCACUCUGGAUUGGCACGUGGCUUGAAGGAAGUAUGCCAGUCUCUAGAGCGAGGGGACGCUCAGUUGGUGAUUCUUGCUGAAGAUUGCGACAACGAUACCUACGUCAAACUUGUGAAAGCUCUGUGCAAAGAGAAGGGCGUCUACUUGAUAAAAGUACCCUCCAAGGCCGACCUAGGAAAGUGGGCAGGGCAGGUGCGGCUCGACGCAGCCGGUGAUCCCAAGAAGAGCUGCAGCGCUUCAUCCAUUUCCAUCAAGGAAUUCGGAGAACAGUCGGAGGGGCUCUCCUUCUUGUUAGAGUACAUCAAGGAAAACGCGGAUACUUUAGAUGCCGAGUAG